AUGAUGAAAAAGCCGGGUGUGUGUCCCCCAGUGUCUGGUAACUCUACUGGAAUAUGUGGACCAGUUUGUUCCAGUGAUGGAGACUGCAGCGGGGAUAGCAAGUGCUGCAACAAUGGCUGCGGACGCACCUGCAUGAACCCAUACAAUAGACCUGGCAACACUACAUGUUUCACUAAUGACGAGUGUUACAAUGGGGGCACCUGCUUCAGGUUCAAUUGUGAAUGUGCAAAUGGUUAUUCAGGAGUAUUCUGCCAAAACUACACAGGCACUCAAGGUGACUGUAGAUCCUCCAACUGGACAUGUUACAAUGGAGGGUCUUGUGUCCAUGGAUUUGAUGGGCAAUACUUCUGCGCAUGUCAGAACUACUACCGAGGCAGAAGCUGUGAAAUCCUCAUCCAAAAUACCACAGAUGUCUGUGACUCCUCUCCAUGUAUGAAUAACGGGACCUGCGUGGACUAUGGGUACUCAAGCUACGGCUGCAUCUGCCCCCCUGGAACUAUGGGCAUCAACUGUGAGGAGCGACUUUGUGACUAUUUUUACUCCAAUAUAUGCAUGGGUGGCUCGUGUAUUGGUGAUAUGAGAACUGGAGAAAUCUGUCAGUGUGGAAGUAACAGAAAAGGACUCUUCUGUGAGAAACAGGGUUAUGAAUUCAUUUGGGGCUGUGAGCUCAAAGAACGGUUCUCGGCAUACAUUCAGAAGGUUCUGCAAGGCACUGCUGUUCCACCUCCCGUCAACUAUGCCAGAGCGAAUAAUCUGAUUGAAAUACUGCAGAAAUUCAACCUGACUUCAUACAUAAAGCCCAAGUGUAACCCCAGCAAUCCAACACAGUACAUAUCCCCUACGUGUGAGGUGGACGUACUGACUGGGCGGACUCUCUGCUUCUGUGUGGACAACUAUGGUUUUAUCAGAGGAAACAAGACAUCUCAACCCCUGACUGCAGCUGACUGUGGAGUGACCAACAAUCCAUGUCAAUCAAACCCCUGCCAGAACAACUUCAGCUGCAUUAACCUUGGUAAUGGGAGUCACAUGUGUGACUGUCCGUCGAGCUACGGCCCUAACUGUGAGGAUGUUCCAAUAUACAUGUGUCAGUGUCGUACCGGCAAGAAGUGCAUAAGGAAAGAGCGCUGUGGUACCUCCGGAUGUAAGGAGACAAACAUGUGUGUUGACUACUACUACCGCAGCCCCUGUGAUGCAAUGCCCUGUAGCUACAACGGUCAGUGUGUGGAGCGGGCCGGUCAAGGCUUCUACUGCAACUGCAUGGAAGGCUAUACAGGAGUACAUUGCCAGACCAACGCCCGUGUGUGUUCGAUGUUUGGCAGUGUGAACAUCUGCGGUGCUGGUGAAUGUGUCGGCGAUGUCCAGAAUGGGAUGUUGUGCAAAUGCCCCGAGGGUCGUCGUGGAGCGUUCUGUGAAAGACUGGGAACAGCACGCACCCAAUGUGAACGGCAGCAGGACCUGACCGACACUGUCCAGCGCAUCCUGAACGGGACUGAGACCGUGCCUGGAGUGAACAAUGCCAGUACCAUGGUGGGGAGCAUCAUGAGGUCCGCAUUAGGCAGUUCAUACCUUCCACUGACCAACUGCUCCGUCAAUGGUGACUUCGCUCCACAGCAGUGUCAGCGUGACAUUUACACUGGUGCUGAGAGGUGUUAUUGUGUCAACAGUCGGGGACAGGAAAUCUCCACCAACGUCACUAUGGUCCCUGGUCAGCCUCCAUGCACAGCUCCCGACCCAACAGACAUCAGCAAGCUAAUCUGCAGCGCUCUGUCAAACAUCUGUAGGAAUGGCGGUUCUUGCGUUGGAGAGAUGGACAGAACACCCCGGCUGUGUCUCUGCCCAGAUGGCUAUGAAGGAAUCCUUUGUGAGAGGAGAUCAGAACCUGGAGACAAACCACAGAACUACACAAUGUGCACAUACAGUCACGAAUCCUACAACAUGAUGAUGGCUAUCUUGAACGACAACUUCACCCUCACCGUCGCCAAUAUAACCAUCAACAAGAACACUCUGAUGUCAGCCUUUUACCAGGGUGCUAUUUCGUCUUUCCUCACAGACUCCACUAAUAGCACACUCAACAGGCCUGUCAUGCCUAUCAGUAUCAACGGCACCACAAGGCUGGCAGUUAUUCGCCCCAACUGUACUCUCUCAGGAGAGUUUGCCCCAAUGCAGUGUGAAUACUUCCUGGACUCAGGGGAGAGACAUGCUUGCUACUGCUACAACCGUGCAGGUAGAGUGGUCCCUGGGACACACACCAUGGCUCCUGACUAUCCGCGGUGUGAUGGUACCCACUCUGAGUGUGAGAACACAACAUGUUCUCUUGACUGUCCUCAUGGAUUAAGGAAGGAUAUGAGAGGAUGUUUUGUAUGCGAAUGUAGGAAGCCCUGUGAUGGUGUCAUGUGCGGCAGAGGAUUGCGUUGUGUGGGCAGUGACUAUGGAGCAGAGUGCAGACGAACUAUGGAAGCAUGGCUCAUGCCCGAUGGAUACUAUUCCCACGUUGGAGUCUCUGCAACAGAUGUUCAGCGACAACAUGCAGAGCUGUGA